AUGCAGUAUGCUUACCAGCAGCAUGUCAGGGAGGUUGACGAUAUAGCGGCCAGUCAGCUCAUUGGCAACAGCUACGCAGACAGACAUUCAAAACGCUAUGGAACACCAUGGACAGGCGUUAACACCACAGCAACAUCUGGGGUACAACCCUUACAACCUGCUGUGCCAUCUGCACCUCCAAUCGCACACAAUCCUGCUCCCAACCCUCCUCAACCGACUCAAGGCCCUUCCGGUCUCAGUAACACCGUGGCAAGCGCGAGCGAUGAGAUGGAUAUCGACAUCGAAGGCGAUGACAGAUCGCAACUCAUGACUCUUGCGACCGAGACGAGAAUGCAGACAAUUCGCGAACUCGUACAGCGAAAGACUCCCGACUACUAUGGCCUGACCAAACUCGUUCCGGAAACCAUAGAUCGCUCUCUGUUUGCCAGCAACCGCAAGUUGCGCCAUGAGACAUUCGAUUAUCUGGCUAAGCAGGUUCUGGUCAUCAAGUUGGAUAUCCACACCGAAAGCGACUUCGAUCUCAUGAGGCACGAGAUGAGCAUCGCCGCGAUACCGUUCCUGCGCGUCCCCGACGAUCUAGAUACCGACAAGACCAUCAGUCUACGCACAACUUCGGUCCACAUGGUGCUAGAAAUAGCAAAUGAGGGCAGCACUCAUCGUAAUCUAUUCAGCCACGUACACUCGGUUGUUACCUGCAUCUACGAAUACCGCACAUUCCGCGAACUGGUCGAGCAGCUGGAAAUAGCUACAGAUGCGCGUCAGCUGCAACGACUUGCUGUCACAUACACGAAUCGCGAAAGCACCCCCAACCAGGACAAGGAUAUCCUGGAUGUGCUGGACAUCCUCAGUCUCCUUCGUGGCAUUCCGAAUGCCAUGUUCUUCGGUUUUGAGUCAGCAUACAGUCAAAUGGUUGCACAAAACAUGCAGCGACCCGCGUGGGUGGAAGCCUGCAUGCUUGACCGAGACUCACAUGGCUUGUGGCCUAUCGACGCGCACGCUGCGGACUUUCGCCUGUUAUAUGUAUACCACCGGAUCCUGCAAGCAAUGGACAUCAUCUACUUGGAAAGCGGAAACCAGAGUCGCGCUUUACAGGAAUUGGGGCUCAUCGAAGCGCACAUCAGUCGCGAGCGAGCGCUAUUUGACGAUCACGACGAUCCAUUGUGGCACGACCUUGCUCGUUACGCGUCCGACUGCUGCAACUUGCUCCUCAAGAAACUCCUCCUUGUGAUUCUGAGCGAUGCAGACCGUGAACAGAAGCUCGCAGCCAUAGCCAGCAACGAACUGAACUAUAUUUCGGAACUUCAGUCUGAUGAAUUGGGAGCUCGACAUACUCAGGCCUUCCGUGCAGAAGAAUACGCAGUGUCCGCCGCUAUGACCUUGUGGAGCAAGAGGAUCGGCGAAGUGCUUGAUAGCCCUGAAUCGUUCAUGAGCAGAUUUAAGGCGUUGGAGGAAGCGGCAGACGAGACUGCUCGCGCGGUCGCGAUGUACCACCCAGAAUGGGCCGCUCUCAAAGAAUUGGAGCAGUCAUGCCUGCGGUGGCUGAGGGCAUUUCCAGACGAAGUCGCGGCAGAGGGCCGCCGGUCGAUAUGGUUCGGUUAUCGCGCGUUCCAUGAGGAGCAAGGGGACGAGACCGUGGUCGCGGACGAACUCCUUGAGGCAGCGACGUCCACGUUCGAGGACGGGCCAAGUGAUGGGGAGAUGUUUACGGCGGAAGUGCGGCGCCUGUCGUCCAUUGUGUCCGAGGCGGCAUUGUCCUUCCCAGUCGACAUUCCCGACCCGUACAUUGAUGUACAAACGGAGAACGUGGAAAUAUCGAUUGAUGAGGAUGACGAAGUUUGA